GAUCCAGGAUGGAAGAGAUGAAGAGUUCAAUCAUUGGUGGCCAUGAUGCUAAGGAGGGGGCCUGGCCCUGGAUGGCUUAUCUGCAUAUUGAAGCCCCUAAAAGGAUCUCGUCUUGUGGUGGUUCUAUCAUCAAUAACAGAUGGAUCCUGACUGCUGCCCAUUGCGUUGAAGAUAAAGCUUUGAUCCAUGAAAAGUCCUAUGUGAGGCUGGGAGCAUACAAGCUGGACAUACCGUCUGCAAAUGAAGCCAAUUAUACUAUUAGCAGAGUGAUCAUCCAUCCUGACUAUAAUGUCAGUGACAAACACGACGAUGUUGCCCUGGUGAAUGUGAACAGAAAUAUCACCUUUUCCCGCUACAUUACACCCGUCCUUUUGGCCCAGUCCUCUGAUUCCUUUGGUACUCAGUUAAACUGCUUUGCGAUCGGCUGGGGACGGACAGGAUGUAACACCCAUUUAGAGUAUCCAAAGACACUGCAGGAACUCAACAUUCCACUUGGCAAGUGUAACUUGAAGAGAUUUAUUUGUGCGGGUGAAUCUGGAAAACUUGUUUAUAUGGGAGACUCAGGUGGGCCUCUGAUGUGUUACCUUAGAAAGAGCUGGAUUCAGGCUGGAAUUGCGAACUUUGUAACAGAUUGCAAUGCGAAAGUCUUCCCAGCAUACUUUGCCAAUGUCCCCGACUACCUAACUUUUAUCAACAAACAUACCCUUCCUUCCACACAAGAAUACUGAAACCUAAAACCAUACCUGCCUAGUGCUAAUGAUUUUGAAUGCUUGCACAUGCCACCAUCUUUUUCCUCAACUCCGUUCCUUGAAUUCAUUUUAUUUUUUCUGUCCAGUUCUAAUCUCUAACCCUUCCUACUUUCACUGUCAAUUGCAAAUGACAGAAAACACUUUGCUAUCAUCAGGAAAAAAAUAAAUAAAUAAAUAAGCAUUUUA